AUGUCUGAAUUCGUUUGCUUCGUAGUCGAAGGACAAACUCAUUACAUUGAAGCUAGCAAGUGUCUCAGCAUGACUCUCCAAACUGAGAAAAAAGGGCUUGUAAGCAGAUUAAUCAUAUGACAAAGGUGUAUACUGCCACUAUGCCAAAAUGGCUAACGAUGGAAGCUUUCUCAGUUUUCCAAUAGUUCCUCAACAAUUAAUUGGAUAUUCAGAAAAAAUACACUGAUCAAACUCUACAAAGACUAUUAUGGUUGGGAGAUCAUCUGCAGAUGGAAUUCUUCUAAGAGACUGUAAUUCGCGAUCUCAUUUUAGAUAGAGUGAAUGUUCAAAAUUGCAUUUUGUUCUUAAAUGAAGCAUUCAAAAAGCUGAAAGCAUGUGAAGUAGCUAAUCUAAUUUAAUUCAGGAUUCCCCAGAAGUGUGGUACUAGAUGUUGAAUGUCUGUAUGAAUUUCACAGCGAGGAAUUUAUUACUCAUAUACUAAUCCAAUCCCAUGGAUCUCAAUAAGAUCAACCAGAAAGUCAUCGAAGAGAUAUUAGAAAGAGCAUUAAAAAAUUAUCGCAAAAAGAACAAUCCCGAACUACUAUAAAUAGUCUAAAAGAUCAGAAAUUGUUAAGACAUAGUGUAAAUCAUCACCUAACAAAAAUAAACUGUGUUGGCCAAGAAGAUCAAUUAUCAAACCCAUCCUAGCAUUAAUUGGAAAUUGUCAAAUCUGUCCUCCAUUAUCAACAAAGAAACCCAAUAGUUUAAAUUUUCAGAUUUCACAUGGAAACUAGUAGCCAAAAUGGAAGAUAAAGUCCUCAAAAUUUAUCUUAAAUUAGAAGACAUCGAUCCUGAAUUAAAUUUAAGAAUCAUAGCUCUCUACUUCCAAUUGCAACUCUCCCAGUUUGGUCUAGAACCCUUGAAGUUAGUCAACUUGGUUGCCAGCAAAGGAAAUAAAAUUCUCUUAUGCGAAUUCAAUGGUACAUUAUUCUCUACUAAACCAUAGAUCUAAAUAAAUUCGAUUAAUAAAAGUUGGAAUUCACAGUCUAUCUUAACACUGACCAAGUAUUGACCUUGUGUUUGAAUCAUUUGUAUUACAAUUUGAACCCCACAUAUAAUCUGAGCAAACUGGAUCUUGAUGAUUGUUUGAUUCUCCUAGCAGCUACUCCUCAAGUCUAAUAAGCACAAGAAAAGUCAUUCCAAUUAUUAUUAGAAUUUGGUAUCUCACCCAACUUAUUAUUUUAGUGCCUCAACUAAAUCCUAAUGAUUAUGAAAGAUGCAUCAAUUAACUUAAUUUGUCCUUGAUGAACACUGAAUUUUUAAUGAAAUAUGUUAAAUCACCAUUGCAUCAAUUUAUUUAGAGCGAACUAGACAAGAGAUAACCACAACAAUAGAGAUCAUACUCUGUCUCUAAGGAUUCAAAAAGCUCUUCAAGGAUAUUAAGAUAGGUUAGUGCAGGAGGAAGUAAGAAUGAUAAGUCAGGAGAUUAAUUAGUUAACAGAAGUUAAAGCAGUGAGAAAUUGCACAAUGAGAUGCCUAUCAAUAAACUGCAAUAAUUAAAGAAAACUCCAAGUCAACAAAGGUUUGAAUAACAAUAAAUAGUUAACAGUGGAAUAAGCAAUUAAUCUGCAUUAUAUUCUCGGAAACAAUUAUUUGAUGAGAUCAAUAUAGUGAACUUUUUGAAGGUGAAAGAUCCUUAACUUGUAUAAGAACUGAAUGAAUUGAUUAGAAUUUAUUAUUGA